AUGAAUCGUACAUUGCUGCAAGGAGUUCGUGUAAUCGAAUUAGCUGGUCUUGCUCCAGUCCCACACUGUGGAAUGGUUCUUGCUGAUUUUGGGGCGAAUGUGACUCUUAUCGAAAAGCCUGAACAAGAUGGAAUGGGAAUGGAGCAACGUCUAGCAAAUCGAAAAAAUAUCCAAGGUUUGGAUUUGAAGAAGCCAGAAGAUCGAGCAAAGCUGAAGCAGCUAUGCAAAGAAAGCGAUGUGCUUCUUGAUCCAUAUCGACCAGGAGUUUUGGAAAAAAUGGGAUUAGAUCCCCUUGAUCUCUUAGAAGUAUGUUAUUUGGAAAUUCAAUCUCUUUGGAAAGACGUGUAAGA